AUGGGUGAAGAUUUCUUCAAAUAUCUACCUUCAGAGAUCAUAGUAAAUAUCCUCUCAAGACUCCCCACUCGAGCGGCUGUGGCCCGCAAGUGUGUUUGUAAGGAAUGGCUUAGUUUGCUCGCUACUCCCAAGUUUGUGAAUUCAAGAUCAGUCCCGGGCAUUGUUGUUGAAACAAACCCGAAAUCAUAUGAAAUCAUUGAGUUUAUGAAUGAGCUUGACCACAACUUUGAUGAGAAGCGUCUUUGGAAUGUAGCCUUCAACUUUGAACUUCCUUUUGAUGAGCCAAUGCAUAGUUCAGCUAAUGGUUUGAUCAUUCUAAGUGGUGUCGAUCAUGGUGAUCUUAUCUUGUGCAAUCCAAUUACACGUGGCUAUAUCAAGCUCCCUUGUUCUCGACAAACCUCCCCAAGAGUUCCGAUUGGCGUGGAGACUUUUGGAUUUGGAGUGAGCAGGAUGACUAGCCAAUAUAAGAUUGUUAGGAUUUUCGGUGAACUAAUACUACCGGUGGAGUACAGAAAUGAGUGUCAAGUAUACGUUGUUGGAACCGGGUCAUGGAGAAAAGUUCCCUUUAAUAUCUCGCUCGGGUUGUAUGAAGAUGUUGGAGGGGUAUAUUUGAAUGGAAAUAUUCAUUGGGCGGUCGGGAAAAUAACAAAACCCUUUGGUAGAUGGAUUCUUUGUUUUGAUCUUGAAACAUAA